AGAACUGCAGUGGUGACGUUUGAUGCUCAUAUUUACUGUCUCUCUCUUCCCGUCUCUCUCUCUGCCCCUGCAGGCAGCGGGCGGGUGAACCUGGUGCCCAUCCCCCCGGUGGUGACAAGCCCUCGGGACAUGGCCCUGGCAGCGGUCAUCUGCAGCGCUCUGGCCACCGUGCUGCUGGCCCUGCUCAUCCUCUGUGUCAUCUACUUCAAGAGACAGCUGCUGGAGAAGAAACCCAGCGGUGAGUGACCAACUUGAACUUGAAAGAAGUCAUUACAAUGGUGUGGAAAUCUCAGUGCAGCAUUGGGACCAACAGGUGGCUUUGCUAUUGAAAUAUAGCAGCUGCUAUCUUGCACUUGUUUGGGGUCUCCAUUAUGAAAAAAGUGUAUUUUUACCUCAGCAUCUUUAAGGUCCCAGGACGGUCCAUAUAGUGGGGCUGAGUUGUCGUGCCUGGACCGACGGAGGCUCCAUGACUUCCCUCAGCGCCCAUGCUGCCAGUGUCACCACGGGCCAGGCCACACCUGUGGUAGGUCCUAUUACUGGUGGGCUUCUACAUUCACAUCACUCUUUAUGAGCCUUGGUUCUCAAGCCGGUCACUCUGUCAAGUUGUAUGGAGUCUUUGACUUUAUCACUAUGGUACUGGCAUUACUGUACACUGAGGCUUCUUGGCCAGGUCAUCCAUGCUUUCUAAUGGUUGGCGGUCGGUCACACGGUUUUUCCUGUGUAAUCUCCAGGCCCAGUGCACCUGAUCCCCUCCCUGUGCUGUGAUGAAAGCUGCAGCCUGGGCCGGAGCAGAGACACCAGCCCCUUCCAGUCCCAGAUCAGCAUCAACGAGGGGUGAGGACCAUGACAUCAUAAUUCAUCAACACCAAUCACUAUCUAUUCUAGUACAUGGAUGCUCAAAUAUGACAGUCAGAAGAACCAAUAACAAGCACAGCAACUGAUAUUGUUUGACAUCAUGUCUCCUGGAAUCCCAGAAAGACCUAGAAGUGUAGACAGACAUACAGUAAACCAUUGCUGUGGUGGAUAAUGUUUGCAAAACCGAACAACAUUCCUUUACACACCUCUGGUUCAGAACAGGAAGAGAAACACAGACAAGGCCAACAACAGUCUUGUUAUGGUGUUAACUUUGGGUCUGUUUGGGAGAUUACUGUCAGAGAAGUGCCUCCCUGGGACUGUGGUUGGAUCAUUACUGCUGGGACUGGGAGAGAUUUAUGCUGCUGACACGGCCUCCAUUUUCCCCUACAGAUAUAGCGUGAACCCCUGUGAGGAGAACAUCCUGGCCUAUCUGAAAGCCCAUCCAGAGCCCUGCAUCUCCAGAGAGGCUGGCGAGACAUGGCCGCUCAUGCAGAACCCUGACUAUGCUGAGAACUUGGGACCACCCCGCUGCAACCCAGAACCCACAGAGAGGUGUGAUGUGGAGGAAGAGGGUGAGGAGGAAGAUGAGGAAGAGGAGGAGGGUUGCAGGUCAAGUGAGGACACACAGAAGCCAACUGAACAGGCUAGACAGAGCCAGGAGAAGACUGGUUCCCUGACAGAGGUCCUCCUUCCAAAUCAGCAGCCAUCUUCACUGGAAGGUCAGUGGUGUCUUGUUGUACUGUAUGACCUUCAGUGCAGACACAGACAGAAUGGUCCUCUGUGUACAUACAGUUUGAAAUUGAGCGAUGCUUGGUGUAUAACAUACUUCAGAUGCUCACUUAGGGUAAGCUUUCCCAGUAGUUAUACAUGAGCCAAUGAGCAAUUAACAAAAACAGUAACAUACCAUUCUUCGCUGUGUCAAGAAAAGAGGAAAGUAUGCGAGUGCAAACACUAUUAAGCUCAGGAAACUAAAGGCCUUAGCUAAACUAUGCCAUGAAAGGAAUGUGCUGGAAAGAAAAAUCACUGCUUCUUCUUCCCCUCAAAAUCUAUUCAGAAUUCUUCUGCAUAGCAGGUUCGUACCGGAUUAAUGUGAAAUUGCACUGAUAAGAAAUGGUUGAGUCCAUUAAAACAGAUACACGCUAUUUAUGGAAAAAGCUUCAGUGUAUCUGCCAAAUGGAGCUUCAGAGCCAGAGCAGAUUGUCUGAACUGAUUGAAUCCAGUGAGUGGGAAUGAGCUCAGAGCAGAGCAGCAUAAGCCCCAGCAAAACACAGUCAAGUAGAAAGCUACAACACAGAGGCGUCAGGACAGAGGAGACAUUGUCCUAACAGCCUAGUUCAAACACACACAAACACAACUGUUGCACUCCCUUUGAUCGGCAGGGACAGUGUUGUGUCCAUGGAAACUGGAAGCAAAGAAAGGGCCAGGCCGCGAUCCCAGCCGAGCUUUCUGAUGUUGUGCGAAGGGAUUUUGUUUUAACUGACUCGGUCCCUGCCUGGCCUAUGUUAGGUAGAUAGAUUACCAAUGACCGUGUGUGCUUUUCUCCACUCUUUCUUUUUCCAGGAUGACAUGGAUUUAUUUGGCUCAUGUUCCACUCUUGAACCGCCCCGGACCGGAAAACAGUCCAGAAAGAUCACGUUUCAGAUUACAC